AUGGGUGGCGCAACCAAAGUCUCUGAACUGAACCAUCUUCUUCGAAGUAUAUCCAACAUCAGCAAUGGCAGAAUUCCUCGACCCACUACCACCAUAGCUGUAACCAACGCAAUCCUCCAAACUCUAAACGCGGGCAACCUCUCUAAAGCCGUCUCAAUCCUCUUCGAUUCCCCGGUACCCUUUCCUUACUCUGUCUACGCCCGUCUCUUCCAGCUAUCUUCUUCAACUCGCGCCAUUGUAGAGGCUCGAAAGAUUGAAUCCCAUUUGGUCACUUUCUCAUCCGACCCCCCUGUCUUUCUCUUGAAUCGCGCCAUAGAGGCCUAUGGUAGCUGUGGCUGUGUUCGUGAUGCCCGCGAGCUGUUCGACGAAAUGCCAUUUCGAAAUGGGGGCUCUUGGAAUUCCAUGUUAACGGCUUAUUCAAAGAACCGUUAUGAUAAGGAGGCCUUGUUAUUGUUUUUGCGCAUGAAUAGGUCCGGUGUUUUCGCUAAUGAGGUUACAUUUGCGAGUGCUUUAGGUUCAUGUGCUGAAUUAUUGGCUCUGUAUCUUUCCCGACAGAUUCAUGGGCUCACUUUAAAGUAUGGUUUUGGUAACAAUAUAAUUUUGGAAACAUCACUUGUUGAUGUGUAUGGGAAAUGUUGGGUUAUGAGUGAUGCACGGAUGAAGUUUGAUGAGAUUCAUAACCCCAAUGAUGUUUCUUGGAAUGUUAUUGUAAGACGGUAUCUUGAAAUGAAUGAUGGUAAGGAAGCAAUUUUCAUGUUUUUCAAGAUGUUUCCUACCGCUGUGAGGCCCUUGAGCUUUACCUUUUCUAAUGCACUUGUUGCUUGUUCAAGUAUUUCUGCACUUAGGGAAGGUAUUCAAAUUCAUGGAGUGGCAAUUAAGAUGUGUUUUGAUGUUGAUGAGGUAGUUUCUUGCUCCCUAAUCGAUAUGUACAUUAAAUGUGGGAAAUUGGAACGUGCUUAUGCAAUUUUUGAUAAGCCCAGUGCGAAAAAUUUGGUUUCUUGGACUUCGAUUGUAUGGGGUUAUGCGAUUAACGAGAAGACACAAGAGGCAAGGGAACUCUUUAAUGACAUGCCAGAACGUAAUUUGAUUUCAUGGAAUGCGAUGUUGGCAGGAUAUAUUCGUUCGUUGCAGUGGGAAGAGGCUUUGGAUUUUUUACAUUUAAUGCGAACAACCACUAAGGACAUAGACCAUGUCACUAUUGGGUUGGUAUUGAAUAUUUGUGCUGGUCUUUCAGACGUUGAAACAGGCAAACAGGUUCAUGGGUUUGUCUAUCGACAUGGUUUGUUCUUCAAGCUCAAUGUUAGCAAUGCCCUUCUUGACAUGUAUGGUAAAUGUGGGAACUUGACAAGUGCACGGGUUUGGUUUUUCCAAAUGAGUCAAUUGCGGGACAAUGUUUCUUGGAAUACUUUAUUAACUAGCUAUGCUUGUCAUGGCCGGAGCGAGCAAGCUUUGACAAUCUUCUGGGAGAUGCAAUGGGAGACACAACCAAGUAAAUUUACUUUUGCAACCCUUUUGGCAGCUUGUGCAAAUAUUUUUGCUUUCGAGCAAGGCAGACAAAGUCACGCUUUCAUUAUCAGGAAUGGUUACGAGAUAGAUAUUGUGCUUGCAGGGGCUUUGGUUGACAUGUACUCCAAGUGUCGUUGUCUCGACUAUGCCGUCCGUAUUUUUGAAAGAACAUCUUCACGGGAUAUAGUUUUAUGGAACUCCAUAAUGUUAGGAUGCUCCCACAAAAGAGGUGCAGAAGUAUUUAAAUUUUUUGUCUUAAUGCAAGAAGCAAAUGUUAAGCCAGAUCAUGUCACCUUCCAAGCCAUUUUGACUGCUUGUUUGCAUGAAGACCUAGUUAAAUUGGGUGGUCAAUAUUUUCAUUCAAUGAGCACCAACUAUGGUGUUAUACCACGACUUGAGCACUAUGAGAUUAUGAUUGAACUUUUCAGUCGCUCCAAUCAAAUGGACGAGCUUGAAAUUUUUGUAAAAGAAAUGCCAUUUGAACCCACAAUUCCAAUGCUAACAAGAGUGUUGGAUGCUUGUAGAAAACAUGGGUGCAUGAGGUUGGGAAAUUGGGCUGCAGAACGACUAGCUGAUUUGAAUCCUUCAAGUGAACUUCAGUUUGAGAUAAAGGACGGUGUUAGACAAUUAUCAUAACAAAACAUUGUUCAGAAGAGUGGGAUUUACUAACCAGGAACCAAUUUGUUAUCAGUUGACUUGCAUUUUGGGGUCUAAAUUUUGGACUCCUGAUUUUAUAAAUGCUAGUAAUUGUGAGCACAUGCCAUGGUUUAUGAACAUAGUGAUUCAAGAUGCGUCUCAAGGGAAUCAAAUACUUGCCAACAUCAAUCAAUACAGCCUAUUGCAGGCUAAGUAAAAGUGAGCAUGCCACAGUAAUAUAGGGAACAACAUUAUUGCCAUUGUGGUGCUGUAGGCUGCAGAAGAAAAUUGGGUGUAAGACCAAACAAACCGAAAAUGUCAUCAGAUGCUGCAUCGAAACUAGUAGCAUGCCAGGUUGCUGUGUCCUCUCCCAAAUCAAAGGCAAUUCUAUCUGCAAAUGAUGUAUGUAUUUGGUUUUAAUUACCUUUUUCUUUCAAAUUCUUGAAACAUUUGGUGAAAACUGCAUCCCAUAGAUUUUCAGAUUGGAAAUUGGCUAACCCUUGUUGGGGAAUGUUUUUGGUUUGAGAGUCGCACAAAAGAUAAUGUUUGUUAUGUGGUGGUCCAUACAUGUAGAUAAUGUCUUGGCUUUUGGGAAACAAUUUUAAGAGUACAUUAAAAUGAUUGGAUGGUGUCAGAAAUUCUACAGCCUGGAAGGCUUGAUAUAUUUGUGCAGGUGGAAUUCUUUUCAUUUUUUUUAAAUGCAUGAUAUCAAGUUAGUAACUUUUUUGUAAUCCACUGAUCAGAGAACAAUUAAGGUAUUGCCAUCCUCUUCCCAAUUUAAUACUAGACAUACCUAGUCUCAUUCACCGAAGUUGAAAUAUAACCUUAAUUUUUCAAUUAAGGCUUAAGUGUUGAUUUCAAUUAGCUCAUCUUCUUCGUCAGAUAUUCGGUGCAUUUUUUGCUUGGUGGAAUGUAAUUCUGUAAUUAUUUUUGGAAAAGGUUUACCAGAAUGGAGACCUGCAUAUAGGAAGUUCUCAGCAUGAUCUUAAGCAAGGAACUUGUUCUUACAAGUGCAUUGGUCCAGUGGUUAUGACAAGUCACCCUAUGGACACUAGAUCAUGUAUGAAGAUGGUGUUAGUGAUUUUCUUGACAUGUCAAAGGUGGACUGGGAACUUUUUCCUCGUGCUUUGAGGAUUGAAGGCUCUGUUGAAGCAAAUACGUCAUGGAUGAAUGAUAUGUAAGUUUGAGUUCAUAUCACUCUGUGUUGAGCACUCUAUUUUUGCUGGAAUAGCAUCAACCCAAGUUUGUGAAGCUUGGUUUAGGCACAUGGAUCUCUCCUGUAGGAAUGUAGGCUUGGAGAAUUUGUAACAAUGUACCAAUAUUGAUACCCUGUUGCUGUAGUUUCAAGUGUAUUUUUG